UUGAAUUUACGUUCUUUCCGAGUUCAUUGUUUCAGGAGCUUUACACGGACAUUCCCGGCUUCGUUAUUCCCGACCACGGAUUCUGGAAAAAGGGCUUGCAAGGGGUCAGGCAAGGCAAAUUCGCAUGAGAAAAUCGGUUGGCAGAAAUUCACAGAUAAAGUAAUUAGUCUGAUUUCCUUGAAUACUACUGGAGUAGUGUUCCUGCUUUGGGGAGGAUUCGCACGUAAAAAGGAGUCUCUAGUCGAUUUGAAGAAACAUGCAGUCAUUAAGACGGCUCAUCCUUCUCCCCUAAGUGCGACCAAGUGGUUCGGAUGCAAAUGCUUCUCGAAGGCGAACGCUGAACUCACACGCAUGGGACGACCAACUAUCGACUGGAAGUCGCUUUGA